AUGUCUCCUAUAUCCAAGGAUAGCUUAGAUAUUAAGGCUGUUUGUUCGGCCAAUUGUUUAGCAAUACCACUAUCCUGCUCCUUCUUCCAAUUAAUAAGAGUAUCAUGCAGGUCAAACGAGCUUGUUUCAACUGAAACACUCUGCGGCGAGUUAUCCUUGCGGGCACGUUUAGUUCUAUUAACUUUAACAGAGUCGCUUACUCUUAUGGCUGCGGAGAUAUCGGGUUCAGAUUGUGAUUCCGCCUGGCAAAUACUACCAAUCUUAGGUCUCAACGUACUCGGAGCUUCGCAGAAAACAUUAGAAAUGGCGACUGAAUCCUUAAUUCCAUUAGAAUCAAAUCCCGAAGUGAUGAAUAAGUUCUUGCAAAAGCUAGGUGUACCUAGUCAAUGGGGAAUUGUUGAUGUGAUGGGGUUAGACACAGAUGCACUCGCAUGGGUCCCCCGCCCGGUCCUUUCUGUGAUAUUACUGUUUCCCACAUCUCAAGCCUAUAAAGAACAUAAGCAGAAACAAGAAACUGAAAUUUUGUCUAAAGGUCAAGUAAUAGCGAACGAUGUCUUCUACAUGAAGCAACUUGUUAGUAAUGCAUGUGGAACAGUGGCUCUUGUACACAGUAUUGCCAACAACACAGAUCAAAUAGGACUGUCUGAUGGUGUCUUAAAGAAGUUCCUAGACGAGGCAAAGCCCUUAGAUGCUGCAUCUAGAGGUAAAUUAUUUAAAGAGUGUGACGGCAUCAUAAAUGCUCAUAAAGAAUUAGCUCAAGAAGGCCAAACAAACACUCCAAAUGCUGAAGAACCUGUCAAUCAUCACUUUAUAACUUUUGUUCACAAAGAUGGUGUCUUAUAUGAGUUGGAUGGCAGUAAAGCUUUUCCUAUUAACCAUGGGGCAACUACAACUGAUUCUUUUUUGGAAGAUUCAGUUAAAAUUUGCAAGGAAUUCAUGGCCCGUGAUCCUAAUGAAGUUAAAUUUACUGUGGUUGCACUGACCGCUCAGGAUUAA